AUGCCCCCACGACCACAGAAGCGCGUCAAGAACGACGCCAAGGCGGUGAAGGCUUCGGCCCCCGCCGCGCCUGCUCCCCUCCCCCAGAGCCGCCUCUUCGCCCCCUUCCGUGCCCUCGGCUUCGUCUCGGAUGACGUCCCAUUCUCCAUGUUCGUGCACACCCCCAAGGGUGCGCUUGCCAAGCCGACUAUCCACAUUGUCUCGAGUGUGGGACGUAGCUGGCUCAUGUGGGAUGCCGAGCGCAUGACCUUGCUCUUUGCCGGUCCCGAUGCCGGCGCAACCAUUACGAGCCUUGCGCAGACCGGAAGCGAGGUGUUUGCUGCUGCCGGCCCAAGAGUGAUCAAGUACCUUCGUGGUAAGGAGACCGCCAUCUACGAGUCUCCCGACGCCUCGACGCUCGGCAAGCUUCUCAUCUUUGGCGAGCAAAUCGUUGCGCUCAAGCACGACGGCACUGGCAUGUUCAUUUGGAACAUUGCCUCUGGCGAGCUGGACAAUGAGAUUGUCUUCCACUCGUCUUUUACUGCCACCACCAUUAUGCACCCGGCCACAUACCUCAACAAGGUCCUCGUCGGUAGCCGGGAGGGCGAGCUCCAGCUCUGGAACAUCCGUACUGGGUGGGUUAGACAGUGUUUUUCGACGCUAACCCUCAGAUCUCUCAUCCACACUUUCUCUUCCCCUAAUCCCUCCUCGGUCUCGCCCGUCACCAUUGUCGUUCAGUCCCCCGCCCUCGAUGUCGUUGGUGUCGGAUACCUCGAUGGUACCAUCCGCGUCUUUGACAUUAGCUCGGACGAGCUGGUUAUGGAGAUGCGCAUGGACGAGGGUUCCAUCACUGGUCUCUCGUUCCGCAUGGACGGCACCCCUGUCCUUGCCUCGUCGUCGUCUGUUGGUGCGAUUGCCAUGUGGGACCUGAACAAGGGCGGUCGUGUCCUUCACAUCACCCGCACUGCCCACGAGCAGGCCGUCUCUGGUCUCGAGUGGGUCCAGGGCCAACCUCUCCUUGUCUCGUCGUCGGCGGACAACAGUGUCAAGCAGUGGCUGCUCGACUCGCCGACCGCGGCCCCCCGCCUGCUCAAGUUCCGUACGGGCCACCACGCUCCCCCCACCUGUAUCCGCUACUACGGCGACGACGGCAAGCAGAUCCUCACCGCCGGCCGUGACCGUGCGCUGAGGUAUACCUCUGUUGUCCGUGACUCGCGCAGUCACGAGCUGUCGCAGGGUUCUUUGAUGAAGAAGGCGAUUGGUCUCGGUGUGUCGGUGGACAACCUGAAGAGCCAGCCCAUCAUUGGCAUCUCGUCAUCAUCGACGCGUUCCAAGGACUGGGACGAUGUGCUCACCGCCCACGCCGAGGACUCGUCGGCGCGCACAUGGCGUGUGCAGGACAAGCGUCUUGGCGACUGGAUGUUUGACAUGGAGGAAGGCGGUGCCGUGCAGGCCGUGUGCGUCACCCAGUGUGGCAACUUUGGCCUUGCCGGUUCGUCGAGCGGUGAGAUUCGCAUGUGGAACAUGCAGUCGGGCAAGGAGCGCAAGUCGUUCGCCCUCACUGGUCCUGCACCAGGCAACACCAAGCCCAAGAUUAUCACCAACAGCAAGCCUAAAAAGGCCAAGGCCAAGCAGCUCAAGAAGAGCAUCGAGGCGAUUACUGGCCUCGCGACUGACAACCUCAACACCAUGGUCGUUGCCGGUACCCUCGAGGGCAAGCUUUAUUUCUUUGACUUCCAUACCACCCAGCUGGUGCACACCAUGGAACUUGACAGCUCUAUCACUGCUCUCGACCUGCAGCGUGACAGCGGCCUGCUGUCUGUCAUCUGUGACGACCUUGUUGUGCGCGUCGUGGACGUUGAGACUCGCCGUGUGGUCCGUGAGCUGCGCGGUUUCAAGGGCCGUAUCCUCGACACUGUCUUCACUCCCGACUCGCGCUGGCUCAUUGCCACGUCGCUGGACUCGACUGUGAGGACGUUUGACAUCCCCACCGGCCGCCUGGUCGAUGCGUUCCGUACUCCCUCCAUCGCCACGUCGGUCACCUUUUCCCCCACGGGCGACUUCCUCGCCACUUCGCACGUCGACAGCCUGGGUGUGCACCUGUGGGCCAACAAGGCCCAGUUCAGCGAGGUCGCCCUCCGCCACAUUCCCGAGGAGGAGGACGUGCCGGAGAUUGCCCUCCCGACUGUGCAGGGUGUGGACAAUGAGACGCUCGACGGCCUCGAGCCCAUUGGCGCACCCGAGUACACGGACAUUUACACUACUCCCGACCAGCUCGCCGACGGCCUGCUCACUCUCUCGCUUCUGCCCCGCUCGAGGUGGCAGACUCUGUUGAACCUUGACACCAUCAAGGCGCGCAACAAGCCCAAGGAGGCUCCCAAGGCGCCUGAGGCUGCUCCAUUCUUCCUCCCCACGGUGUCGGGUCUGGAGACGCGCUUCGACGUCUCGGCCGCCCAGGCGCGCGACGACGACCCGCUCAGCGCCCGUCUGGCGCCCAGCGCAUCCUUCCUCGAGAGCGAGUUCACCCGCCGUCUCGCGCGCGAGGACGAGGACGGAGACUACUCGUCGUUCUUCGAGUACCUCAAGGCCCUGUCGCCGUCUGCUGCCGACCUCGAGAUCCGCUCGCUCGUCAGCCUCGACCACCUGGCGGCCUUCCUCUCCGCCCUCCUCGGCCGCCUCCGCUCGCACCGCGACUUUGAGGCUGUCCAGGCCUUCCUCGCCGUCUUCCUCUCGGUGCACGGUGACGUGCUUGUUGCCAACGCCGAGCUGCGUGACCUCCUCGAACGCCUGGAACAGGCCCAGAAGCGCGAGUCGGCACGGCUCAUGGAGCUCGUGAGCUAUUCGCUCGGCACGCUCGCGUUCCUUCGUAGCUAG